UAAUAGCAUAAGCUAUAUUUACGAAAUUCAAUAAUUUUGAUAUUUAAACUAUAUUUAACACGAUAAAGCUUUAUAUACUACUAAAUUCUUUGAAAAUCAUCGUUUUCAGUACUAGCCAACAAUACAGUAAUUGAAAAAUAUGGCUGCUGAAAUUAAGCCUGCACCGAGAACACCCAAUGAUAGAUUUUCUACAACAAAAAAACCAGCACUUUUAAGCAAACUCGAAGGUUGCACCGACGAUGUUAAUGCUGCUGUCGUGAUACCUGGCGAGGAUGGAGUUAUUAGCGUUUGUGAUGAUAAGACUGUACGAGUAUGGUUAAAGCGUGACUCUGGACAGUAUUGGCCCAGCAUCUGUCAGUACAUGCCAUCUGGGUGCACAUCAAUGUUCUACACUCCGGAGACUCGGCAACUAUUCAUUGGUCAGGAGAAUGGAACUAUUUCAGAGUUCACACUUGCAAUGGAUUGCAAUAGAAUAAAUCCUACUCGUGAAUAUUUAGCACAUACAGCGAGGGUGACCGCUGUGGUGUUCUCUCUGAGCUGUGAAUGGGUCCUCUCUGUCAGUCGGGACAAGCUAUUUGCGUAUCAUUGUAGUGAGACAGGCCGCAGGAUUGGUGGAUACUCCUUUGAAGCGUGGUGUACCGCUUUGCAAUUUGAUUCUCAGUCAAAAUACGCGUUCGUCGGCGAUUACAGUGGCUUGAUAACAAUGCUGAAAUUGGACAACAACGGUGCAGCACUAGUCACUACUUUAAAAGGACAUACAGGAUCAGUUCGUGUACUUAAUUGGGCGCCAAUACCUCAGUUGUUAUUUAGCGGUUCUUUCGAUCAGACUAUUAUAGUGUGGGAUAUCGGUGGUCAGAAGGGAACUGCUUAUGAGUUACAAGGACAUAGUAACAAAGUGACCGGUCUGUGGUACGUGGGCGGGUGUGAGCGGCUGGUGUCCGCGGGUGAGGACGGGGCGCUGGGCGUGUGGGAGAUGGGGGUGCGGCGGCGCGAGACUCCGGCGUGGCGCGAGGCCGACCUCUGCCAGCUCUGCCGCGCGCCCUUCAUAUGGAACGUGCGCGCUAUGAUGGAGAAGAAACAGAUUGGUCUCCGUCAGCACCACUGCCGGUGGUGCGGUGCGGCGGUGUGCGGGCCGUGCUCUCCACACCGGCUGCCGCUGCCCGUCAUGGGGUUCGAGUUCCCGCAGCGUGUCUGCACCGCGUGCUAUGAAACGUUGAGACAUGAACCCCGCGAGUCCUUAGCUUCGUUCCACGACAUGAAGCACGCGGUGGCGUCUCUGUACGUGGACGAGGCGACAGGCCGACUGUGCACUGCGGGCAAGGACCGCGUCGUUAAAGUAUGGGAUGCGGGCGUGUUACUCGCGCCCGCACCUCGACCUGGUACCAGCGAACAUUAGCCGGUAUUCAAUCUUAUUCAUAUUGUAUUAAAGUCGAACUUCCAGUGCUGGGUGACGUCGGAUGUUUGUAAGGACACAUUGUAGGAGACGAGCUAUGGUUUGUAUUUAUCUUGAAAAAAAACUGUAAGCCUGAAUAAUAGGAAUGGAUUGUAAUUCGUUUAAAUAGAUUUAUUGUUUAGGCUAUAAAAACACACAUAAAAUAUAUGAUUUUUUUGUAUUUUUUUAAGUUUGUGUCCUAGUGUGUCCACAAAGUAAUUCGGCGUUCUAACAUCGUCUAGAUAAAAAAAAUGGCUCGUAAAAUGGAUUGUUUAAUGCUUUGGGAUGUAUUAGUUAAAGAUCUCUAUGUUUAAUCUUAUAUUUAUUAGCACUCGAUCAUUUUCAUUUUCGUCCUGUUAAAAAUAUUUAUAUAGAUAUUAUAGUUUUUAUAUUGGGAGCACUGAUGAAGUGAAACAUUCCAAGCUGAUCAUAUAGGAUUAUUAUUUAGAAAGUUUUUACUUGUGCAUUAAUCCUAAAAAUUACAUUACGAUUUUUUUUUAUUUAAUCCAGCAAAAUUAUUUCUGUUUUGCCUAGUUUUGCCUAAUCAGUGUUCUUCAUAUAAAAUUUCAAAUAUUGUAGGCAAUUUGAAUUGCUCAUAAAAUAAGUGCUAAAUAAUUGGACCGUAACGUCCAUAUGUUAAAAUUAUUAAUAAGUAGAUCUGUAUAGUAAUUGCAUAGAAAAAAAACAGAUAUAUGUAAAAACUUCGACAAUAUUUCAUACUAGUAAAAGCUUGCGAUGUCAUUGUGUGAAACUUAAGACACCAUUUUGGUGUUUGCCCUUCGUACACGAGAAACGUAAGUAUUCGAUACUAAUAAUGGAUACUUGUGUCGCGAGCAUCGUGUAACGCGCGAUCCUAACCUACAACAUGGAAUCGUCAACGCGAAUCGUUGGAUUGUGACUGUUCUUACGACGAUCUUGACAAACAGGUAGCGAGCGACUGGGACUUGGAAUAAACAAAAUAUCGGCGACGUGUGUCUUAUCGACUAAAAUCGCCGAGUUUUGAAGUAUACGUUCCCCUGUGUACGAAGGGUUUUAAUGUUUUUUUUUAUUAGUGUUAAUGUUUAUGGUCCAACGAAGGUUUUUUCUGUAAGAUUAUUUUUUAUUUAUCUAUUGUAAGACUGAAUCUUUCAGGAUAAUAAUGUUGAUGUCUUAAUGUUCGCGUAGACAUGUGUGUAGAUAAAUCAAUAUUAUUAUGACGAAUGUCAUAAUAUACUUCCUUUUUUUAUACAGUUGGCAACACUUUAUAGUUUGUUAUGGCAACACUGAAGGUAUGUUGGUGAUAUUGAAAUAUAUUUCGUUUAUAUUUUAUCUGGUAACAUCGCCAGUAAAUAAAAAUAUUAUUAUAUUUUUUUUUUGUAAACUUUGAUAAAGUUUUUCUGUCAUUCAGUACCAUACAUUAAAAUAUUUAUAUGCCAAUCAUGGUGAUAAAUUCGCUAAAUGUUUGCGCAUUAAAUAUAUUUAAAGUUAUAAUAAAAUUAUUCGGCAAUAACUCGAUUAUGAUUCAGUCCAACGCUGUUUCUCUUUUUUUUUCUCUAUAUUUACAUAAAUUUAUUAUUUAUUUACAUAAAUAUGUCAAAGUUAUGAAUGAUAAUAAGGUAUGUGCUAAUGCCGUUAAAUCAGCAUAGGUUAGAAGGUGAGAGUUAUAAAAUAAAAACCUUCUGAUUAGCAUUUAAAUAGUCUUUGAUCGUUAUAUAGUAUAUAAAAUUCCUAUAUAUUUCUGAGCACAUCCUUGAUUGUAUGGAAGGAAAUGUCGCAACGAUUUUGCAAGGCUUUUUUGUGUAUGAACCAUUUAAAUCUAGAUAUAUCUAGUAAAUAUACUGGAAACAUUAUAAUGUUUGAUUUGUUCAGUAUAUUUUUUAAUUUAAUUUUUUUUAUUUAUUAAAAUUCGCUAGUUUAACGUAUUAGCAGCAUUUAAUUAUUUUAAAAUACCUUUAUUAAUGACAUUAAUACUGUUGAUAA